AUGGUUUCACACGAGAAAGACAAGCCAUGGGAUACUCCAGAUGUCGACAAAUGGAGGCAAGACGAAUUCAAAGAAGAAGAUAAUGUCUCUGGCCAACCUUUUGCGGAAGAGUCCUCGUUUGUAACCCUGUUUCCGAAGUAUAGAGAACAAUAUCUCAAGCAAGCCUGGGGAGAUGUUGCAAAGGCUCUAAAUGCCCACCAUAUAGGCUGUGAACUGAAUUUGGUUGAAGGCUCCAUGACAGUAAAGACUACAAGAAAGACGUUUGAUCCUGCCAUUAUUUUGAAGGCAAGAGAUUUAAUUAAGCUGCUAGCACGUUCUGUUCCUUUGCCUCAAGCUGUAAAGAUCCUUCAGGACGACAUAUCUUGUGAUGUCAUCAAGAUUGGAGGUAACUUGGAUAAUAAAGAGCGCUUCACCAAAAGACGGCAACGUUUGGUGGGUCCUAAUGGUAAUACCCUGAAAGCACUGGAACUACUCACUGGUUGUUAUAUCCUGGUUCAAGGAAACACUGUCAGUGUGAUGGGACCUUUCAAAGGGCUGAAAGAAGUUCGUCGUGUAGUUGAAGACUGUAUGAAGAAUGUCCAUCCAAUUUAUCAUAUUAAGGAAUUAAUGAUUAAGAGAGAAUUGGCAAAGAAACCUGAACUGGUAAAUGAAGAUUGGUCUCGGUUCUUGCCAAUGUUUAGAAAGAGAAACGUUGCUCGUAAGAACAAGAUAUCCAAGAAGGAAAAGAAACCAUACACUCCAUUUCCACCUCAACAGAAACCCAGAAAAGUGGACUUACAAAUUGAGAGUGGUGAAUACUUUUUGGGUGACAGGGCCAAAAAGGCUAAGGAACUUCAAGAAAAGAGAGACAAGCAGCAGGAGGUCACUGACAAAAAAAGGGAUGAUAGGAAUAAGGGUUAUGUUGCGCCUGAAGAGGAACACAGAAAGAACAAAUUACGAAAUUAG